AACCUAUGAAUGGAUCCUUCCAACUCUUUAUCCAGGCUGUGAGGAGAAGGCAGAGCCACAGUCAGAACUGGUCAGAGCUGAGGGCACUGACAUUGAGAGCACAAUACUGAGAAAAAAAACUGCUUUAUAUCAGCUAGAAGACGCUUUAAACCCCCUCAGUAGCUCACUUCAGUUCACUAAUCAGAGCUGUAAGGAGCUAAUUUGACUUUUAGCGAGGUGAAAAAGAGAUUAGAGAGACAGAAGAGGGCGUGACAAGGAGACAGCCGAACAGGCAAGCUGCUGCUGCAAGGCGAGGAAGAGCAGGCUAUGCAUCAGCCAAAGCCAGAGGUCAAGAAAAAAAGCGACAGAAUAGUGAAAAGGUAGACUCUGAGCAAGAGGGGGGUCAUUUGUGAUCUGAGCCAGAAAAUCUGAAACCAGUCUCUCUUUGUUGUUUUGUGGGCCUCUGAGGGAGAGGAUGUGAAGGAGGGCAGCAGAGAGGAAAGGAGGCAACUGCAGGAAAGACAAUAAAAUGCUCUCAGAGAUGAUGUGCAGGAGGAGCUGCCAGCAGCAGCAGCAGCAUGAUGGAAAAGGGGCUCCACAGAGGGACCCUUCCAGCCGCAGGAAGCACAGCUGGUCCAAGAGCUGCAGGGGGCGCCUGCAGGGGCGGAAGACAGGAGGGGGAGGGUGGCCAAGAGGGCGAAAUCACCACCAACACCCUCAACGUCAUCACUCUCAUUACCACCAUCCCCUACACCUCCAGAGGCCGACGAUGUCUCUCCGGCCCAUUAACGUCAAAGGAAACAGAGCUAGGGGGAUGCGAGCCCCCAAGAACACCAACCAAUUUUUAAUGCACGAGAAGUACCAGAUGCUGCAUAUGCGCUCCGACUCAGUGGGGAGCGACAGCGGCAGCGGCUCCGACAGCGACAUGGAGCUCACCGACAUGGACUCAUACCUGGGCGUCCUGGAGAAUGCUAGAGGAGCCCUCUUGGACAGUCCCAAUCCACACGGCUCAACAACACCACCGGGUGAGAUCCUGGUACUGGACAAGAGCAGUCUGUGUCUGCAGGACAGUCUGCGACUGCAGGAGGACAGUCUGCGAAUGCAGGAGGACAGCAUGCAGUAUUUUCCCUCUGAAGAUGACCUGAUUCAGAGCCAGAAUUUCAUGCAGAGGGACUUUGUUGAGUUCUGUGACAUCCUGACGUCCUGAAGGGAAACUUUCAGGGAGCCAUUUUGUCCUCAGCAGUGUGAAACUCAAACCUCAGACUGAAGAGGGUCAGGUUUGUUUGCUUCAUGUUCACAGAAAAGGAAAAAAUCUCAAUUUUUAAAGUCAUUUAGCCUUAACAUGUUAAGAACAUACUUGCAGGGUGAGAUGACUUCACGAGUUUCCAUCCAAAAUCAACUUUUUAAGAGUAUUUUUUUAAAACAAGUGUCAUUUUGUUAGUGCAUUGAUCUGGCUUACUUUGUCUUCAAGACACUGACAGUAAUGCUCAGAAAGUAACAAGGGGAACUAUACGGUGAAGAGAAAUUAUCUCAUCCUGCUGGUGUUUUUCUUGAUUCAAGAAAAAAAUUGCACUGAAUGUAAGAGUAAAUGACAUUAUUAAGAGGGAUGUUUUUUACAGUUUAUGCUGUACAGUGUGUCCGAAUGCUGUGAAGUGGUGCCUUUCUUGUGUUGUUGUUGCACACAAAGGGAGAAGGGCUGGGUGGUGGGAGUGAGCCCAAACAGCCAAUUGGCUUCCAGCUGCCUGGAUUAGUAUGCAGAUGAUUGGCUGAUGCAGACUGUCAACAGAAAGACCCAUUCCUGUACAGAAUAAAGAAGAAGAAGAAAUACACAAAUAAAUAUCUGAAUGAUGUAA